AAACCACGCAGAGGUUUCGUGACGUGGACCAUAGUCAGUGGCGGCCACUUUCUCCAUAAACCUCACGAACUUUCUCGGAAUCUGAUUCCCCCACGAGAACAUGGCGGCCAGAUUCAUGCUCCGUCGGAGUUCUCAGAUCCUCCGAUCUGCUCAAAGACAUCCUCAAAUCUUCGAAUCUCCGCCGACGAUCCUCCACUCGUUGACCACCGCCUCACCAGAUCUCUCGCGACUCUCUUCCCACACCCUCCUCCGAUCUCUCUCCACCCUCCGCCGCGGCCCAGCCCGCCCCAAGAAGAUCGACAUAGGAGCGAAAGCGCGCCAGAUGCAGAACCGCCGCCUAUGGACCUACGCGCUAACGUUCAGCUGCAUCGCGGGCUUCGUGGUGAUCGUCCUCAACCAGUUCCAAGACCAGCUCGUCUUCUACCUAACCCCCUCCGACGCCAUGGAGAAAUUCGCGGCGAAUCCGACGAAGAACAAGUUCAGGCUCGGGGGCCUGGUCCUCGAAGGCAGCGUGGCUCAGCCCGCGGCGUCUCAGGAGAUGGAGUUCGUGAUCACCGAUCUGAUUACGGAUAUUCUGGUGAGGUACAAAGGCUCCUUGCCUGAUCUGUUCAGGGAAGGCCACUCUGUUGUGGUUGAAGGUUUUAUCAAGCCGUUUAGUGAUGAGGUGAGGAAGGAGGUGUCGACGAAGCCUGUCUCCGGGAAGGCGAGGGGGCUUGAUUGUUUCUUCUCGGCGACGGAGGUUUUGGCUAAGCAUGAUGAGAAGUAUAUGCCUCAGGAGGUUGCGGCGGCGAUUGAGAAGAAUAAGAAGAUUAUUGAAGCUAACCACGCGAGUGAAGAGGCUGCUAAAGUUGCUUCUUAGAUGUUGAAACCUCAAAUUGUUUUCAGGUUAUUGAAAGGUGUUCCAAGUUCGAGUAUUUUUUGGGUGGUUAUUGUUCGUUUUAAGAUAUAUAAUUUUGAUUAUAGUUCGUGGAAAAUCAGGGAUGUUUAUAUUCCUGGAAAAACAGUGAUUUGAGUUUAAGUCUUUUGAAGAGUUAGGAGGAGAAAGGAGAUUACACUAAACUAGAGCUUUGUUUGAUUCCACAAGGCUUGAGCUAAUCUGUUUUCUUGUUAUAUUUGAUCAAAUAAAGAUUAAACUCUUUUGUGUGUGA